GUUUAAGAACUCCGGUUUCCAUCAAACGUUUACACCCAUAUCAGUUUGAAAUCAUGAAAACAUUCUUAUUCUCGGAUGAAAUGUUGGGCACCUUUGUGCCCAUCAUUUUAUACUGGUUAUACUCUGGUUUUUACACAGCUCUAGGGUCUUUGAAGAAGUAUCGACUGCAUUCAGUAGUUGAAGAAGAGGAGAAGAACCUGGCCUCAAAGAGGCAGGUCAUCUUUGGUGUUCUACUGCAGCAGGCCGUUCAGGCCAUUGUUGCCAUAGUAGUGUUCUCUGUGGUCCAAGGAAAGGAAUUUGAUGAAGAUGACGAUAAACCAGUCAACAUUCCCACCACGCCGUCUCUCAUUAUAAGAAUAUCAGGAUAAUUCUUAAUUGCCAUGUUGGUAUUGGAUGCUUGGCAGUACUUCAUGCACCGCUACCUGCACCAAAACAAGUUCCUCUACAAGCAUAUUCACUCUCACCAUCACAAACUAAUAGUCCCGUACGCGUUUGGGGCUAUGUACAACCAUCCUCUUGAAGGUCUAAUUGUGGAUACCGGAAGUGGAGCUUUAGCUUUCCUUAUUUCAGGAAUGUCACCCCGUGCCUCCAUAUUUUUCUUCUCGCUGGCAACUCUCAAAGCCGUUGAUGAUCACUGCGGAAUGUGGCUGCCGGGGAAUCCUUUCAGGUUGCUCUUCAACAACAAUUCUGCAUACCAUGACAUACAUCACCAACUUCGUGGCAACAAGUUCAAUUAUUCACAGCCCUUCUUCGUUAUGUGGGACCAAAUCUUCGGCACCUACAUUCCCUACAAAGUUGAAAAAAUGAGGGACGGCGGCGGUCUUCAAACAAGAAUGAUGACAAUGAAGAUUGCAAGUUAGACAUCUGAUCUGCUGGAAAAUGCAUGUUUUAUACUUCGUAUAUAAUUAUAUUAUCUGAUCUGAUAGUAGCUCACACGCAC